AUGGAUGGUGGCGGACGACAUAGUAGCAGUCGAAGCAGAGAAAGAAGACGCAAGGACAAGUAUGAAAAAUAUGAUUACUCAGCAAAGAGUAGUUCCCAGAAAAAACUCGACUCUGAAAAAGCGGGUGCACUUGAGAAAAGUUCAUUUUAUUUUGGAGAGAAAUCCCAUAAAUACGGUUACAAAGAAAUGAUGAGUUCUACCACAGAAAGGAGAUCGGACGACUCUAGAUUUUCCACCCUGGUACGAAAAGUGACUCAAGAUGAUGAUCUGGACAGGAGGUUCACCGCAGUGGAUAACCUCAAGGAAUACUUAACCAUCAAAGAUAACUAUCUGACGAUUUGUGACAUGGCCGAUAAAGUUAUUUUAAAACUGCAAAAUGUCUUUUAUGAAAGAAUUUCCAGAGAUUUCAAAAUUGAGGUCGCUAACUGCAUUGGGUCCAUCUGUUUCAUUUACACUCAGCUCUAUGCAACCAGUAAAUUUUUUGACUGGUUGUUUCCGAAAUUGCAAACAGAUGAUGCCAACAUUUUCUAUCUGCACUCAAUAAUUCAGGCACUAAAGUUAGACUGCAAUUCAGAUGUCUUCAAAACUUUCAUGCACCUCAUAGUCACCAGAUGUCAGUCCAUCCUGGAAAGUGUAGAACUGCCAGAACAUUUAGAAGUUAUCAUAAACAUCAUGGUCGUAAUCUCAAAAUUGUACCCAGCUUCGUUUAAAAAAUGUUUCAGGGACACAGUGGAUGUGUUGGUCGGCUGGCACAUUGACACAACGCAGAAGGAAUCUGUAACUCAUUUCAUCUCCACUUCCCUCAUGUCAUUUCAAACUUUUUGGAGCACUGAUCUGACAUUUACAUUCCACCUUCUAAACCAGUUUUUAGAAGACAUGGAAACUUACAUCAACGAUUUAAACACUAAACCUAGCAAUGAAUUAUUAGUAAGUAAGACAGCUGCCCUAUUUCAAGUUUUCACCACUGUUGUCGUCUGCCUUGGAGAUGCCUCUCCAGUUGAAAAUCAAUAUCUUCUAGAAAAAUUUGAACGACUGCUUGCCUGUUCUAAAAAUUUCAUUGAUGAACACCGAGAUGAAAAAACUCUUUUACUGGCCAACAAAUGCAUCAAUGCCAUUAUCAUCAAACUUGGUGCCAUGGAUUGCCCCCACCAGAACACCACCCUGUUUGACUACAUCUCAAGUCAGUACCUCAGAGAUAAAGUAUGCGAUUUUGAUUACGUCGAAUCAUUACUUCUCAUAACUGGAGUAGUCCUUGACAUCUUGAAUACUAAAAUACCUGUUGAGUUUGUACUGAAAAUUCUCUCAGAAAAAUCUCAACUGCCUAAUCUUACACUAAUUAUCCCCAGAAAGCUUAUGAAAAACCUUCUAACUACCUACCAAUCGCUAACAAUGCUUAAGAGUUUACCAUUAUUAUCAGAGUCCUAUAAAUUAAUUCUCUGCCAACUGGAGAGAGCUUACAACGUUUUAAUGCUAGAAAUGCAGAGGAACAGCGCCACUAAUAACAAUUCUACUCUCUCCAAUGAGACUAUCACAUCUGGUGGUGAUAGUGAUGAUGAUAGUGGCGGCGAUGAUGAUGAUAACGAUGUUUCUUUAGAAAAUUUUGAUCUGAAAUGCUUGUUGAUAGAGGGAUAUCGUAACCCAUUCAAUGAUGCCGAGUAUACAGAGAGCCAGGCUGAAUCGAUCCUCUUGUUUGAUGUCUGUGUUCUCGUCGAGAUUGCUAACGCUAAGGGAAACCUCUUCGCAAUGUAUGCCCUUUCUCCAAGCAUAUUCUCUCUCUUUUCUGAAAAGUUGAACAUAAUGAGCGAGAUGCUGAUGGAGUAUUACCCUGUUGUUCAUAAUGCUAUUUUGAAAGCACUACACAACCACUUUGCGUUGUGCAGCAAGUUGAUAGCACAGGCGACGAACGAGAUCAACAACACGACGUUCGAUGACAACCUGACAAUCAUUUUCAACAUCGUGGCCUUCCUACUUAACAGUAAUGCGGUUCAACACGAUAGCAGAUGUUUGCUGUUGAAAUGGUCUCUGGAGCUGAUUGAGCAGUUCAAUCAGACAAGGGUAAUGUAUAGUAAUGGAAUAUUUUUGCAGUUCUUAAGUGCUGUGAUCGAAAACGGAUUCAAUCCCGAUCAUGAGAUCAGCUUAGCCUGUUACGUCUGCCUGAGUUCGUUCUUCCAGCACUGCCAAGAGUUUAACAGCUACACAGUUUACGUUGCUCUGGAGCUAGUCAACUACUUAUUCCUGAAUGUCAUGCAAAUGAAUGCCUCGAGAGUCGCCAGACACAACAAGACAAACAACGAUCUUACGCUGUCGAAUCUUAAACAAAACGCUGUCGGCUGUAGUAGUAGCAGCAGCAACAACAGCAGCUGCAACAAGAUUAAAAAUAAUGGCGUCAUCAACUACACAAGCAGUGGCAACAGUAGCUACAGAAACAUAACGAGACUACUGCAUAGGUACAUCAUGUCUAAUGAUGUUUGUGAAAAGUUCAACGCCGUCAACUUCGUUGUCAUCGCGUCGUUCAUCCUCACACAAGGUCACAUCACUAAAAAUGACCUUCCCUUCGAUUGGCUAGAGCGGCAGUAUUUUAUGUGUCUCACCAACCAAUCAGAGACAAGUAUUCUGGAGGGGGGUGGGGACAAAGUCGACCUUAGAGAGAUGAUGUCGUCGGUUGUCAGCAGCAAUAUGGACCUCCAGUGGCGUUGGGCGGCUUGGUACGCAUCGAAGUUCUGCGUGGAUUCUCGCUUGAAGACGCCACUCGGCUCCAAACCACAAGAUACAUUCCUCGCCAUUGAGAACACUAUAAAGUAUUAUCUGACGCCGUAUUUCUCGUCAUCGCUGGUGCCGACUGCAGCGUCUGUUAGCGCCGAACAGUCGAAGGACUCGAUGACAAAGUUGAGAUUGUUGUUGAUGUUUGCUGAAUACUUGGAGAGGCAUUUGUACAACGCCGUAGAAGGAUGCGCUGUUGCCAUGCAACCGCCUAACAAGUUUGUCCGGUCCUUCUUCAGAACCAACUGGGCGACCUGUAGGGAGUGGCUUAACAGGAUUCGCAUGCCAAUCAUCAUCAUUUCCCACUGCCUCGACCAAUCAGAGCAGGUGGUUAGGUACUCGUAUGAACUACUUAACGAGGUCAAGGAGGGCACAACUGUCUGCUCGAGUGCUGAUGUACUCAAAAUGCUCACGAUUCUUUUGAAUUCGUUAAUCAACUUGAAAUCGCCCGACGCCAUUCAGGGCUUGUGGGCUUGGUCGCUGGAUCGGUGGACCAAUCAGAAUUUUGAUUGGAUGAGGCACGCUGCCGAUGUGGCUCGCGGGAAAAUUGAAAAUUCGGUGGCCGGCUUCAAAUCCUGCUACAAAAAGUUAACCACCUCACCCGCGUUGGAGAAAGUGGGUGACGAAAAUAACAACAACAACAAUAAUAAUAAUAAUAAUAAUAAUAGCGAAGGAGAUGAGGGCAGGCAAUCUGCAGAGCCAGUUGUCUUGGAAUUCAUCGAGAGGCAGAUUUUAAACAACUACCUGAAGUUAGCCGACUACAGGGAGGCACUGAGGUGGAGCGCGUUCGCUCGCAAGACAAGAAAUCUCAGCGUGAAUGAUGGCGACGAUGACGUCAUUUGUGAUAAGAACGACGACGAUGAUGGUGAUGAGGAUGGGAUGACGUCAUCGUCUGCGUCAUCGCCCUCCUCCUCCUCCUCAUCAACGUUUUUCUUCGACGCCGACAAUCACAGAUUCGUCACGAACUUGAAACAUUUCAAUGAGUUUGAAUUUGAUUACAUCAAAUGCAAAACUAAAGACAGCGAUGGUGGUCGCGGUGGUAGCAACAACAACAACAACAAAAAUAAUAAUAAUAAUAAUAAUGAGGACGACGGAGGUGAAGAUGAAGAAGAUGGUUAUAAAAAUGUCUUUUCGGACGUGACUUUUAAGCAAAGCUGGGAUGUGAAUUAUAUCCUAAAUAAAAUGGAAGAUGCGUUCAUCACGGCAGUGGCCGAGUUAUUCAACAACGCCACUACUACAACUGCUGCCACUAACGCUGCCACUGCCGCAUCUACUACUACUACAACUACUGCUGCUGCUGUUGCUGCUAACAAAAACAACAGCAGCGUCGUUAUCAAUAGUAAGAAUGGUAGUAUUCUUAAUAAAAGUACCAUCGGUAGUAGUAAAAGUGAUGCCAAUGCCGAUGGAGCUUUUGUCAAAUCAAUCAGAAAAUGUCAUAGGACAUUAGCAAGAUGCCUGAAGGUGUGCCAGCACAUACUGACAACAACAACUCACUGCCGACCACUACUCUUCAAUCAGCGAGCCUACCUUCUAUGCAACAAAAUCAACCUACUAACUCAAAAUUUUGACAAUUUCUACAACAAUAACAACAACAAUAACAGCAAUAACAACAAUAACAGUAAUAAGUUUUGCCUAAACUCUUGGCCUAAUGGAAUUUUGGUGGAUGAUUGCUGUCGAACUAGUAACUGCAAUAUUGAUGGAUUGUUGGGUGUUCUGCAGCACUAUGAACUUCAGCAGAAGAUUGAGAAUCUUUUAUCUUCCGGGGUCCAUAAUAAUAAUAAUAAUAAUAAUAAUAAUAAUAAUAAUAAUAAUAAUAAUAAUGGUGGUGGAAGUAACGCUACUUCUAAAUUGUUAGAAAAAAAGAUUCCUCCUUUCUUCCCAGAUCUAACCAGCCAGGUAUCAGCACUAAGAUUGGACACCAUCAAAAAUGCAGGUCGCCAUGCCAACCACAAACUUUGCAAAAACCUUCUUCUAAACCAAAUGCAGCAUCUUUUUCCCGCCAUAACAACGAUUCCCGCCAAAACGAAACCUCCCGCCAGUUUUGCCGAUAAAAAUAGAGAUGGACCGUUAUCAACGUUGUUGUGUGAAUUGAAAUCUUUGAAUUCUGCCAGUUUGAUUAAUUCGCCUGCUCUUCUUUUGAACAUGGAAAGACAGACAGCUAAGUUGUUAUACAACCAAGGUAGAAUGCAAGAGGGUAUCAACAUAUUCGCGUCGUCAAUAACCUUUGCUCUAAACUUCUUAAAAAACAACAACGCGACGACAUCGGCGACAACCACUUCAGCGACAACAGCUUCUGAAAUCCAAAAGUUAGCCGUCACUAAUAUGGCCACUGAGUUGAUUUCGAAGUCCGUAAAUACAAUGGUCUCGUGGCUGGUGUCCGAGAAUAAGUCGAUAUUAAAAGAAAAUUUUAUGUUUUCUUCGUUGACGUCAUUUCUGGUGUCCUCCUCAUCAUCCUUUCCGACGUCUUUGACCUCUUCGGAAGUCGGAAAUAGUUUGAUCGGAAGUAUGAAGAGUCUGAUGUCGAGCAUAUCCUGCUCGCAAUCCACUUUUCCUCAGUGGGGUUCCAUUUCAGAUUCGGAUAACAUGUCUGAGUUGGAUCUGCUGAUAAAAAACCUCCUAACAUUUAGCACGACGCAGUGCCCUACCCUCGCCAAGUCCUGGCUCUACCUAGCUAACUGUGAUGAAAAUUUUGACUUGACUCCAAAUGAGAAGUUUUCAUUGGUCCACCUGAUGCCAGCCGGUUAUGAUAAGGACCAAUUAGAUCGCGUUGCUAAAAUUAUCUCGAAGGUUCAUAGGCAGGAGGGUGUGGCCGAUAAUGAUGACGACAUCAGUAUUGAGUUGUCAAGGACACGUCUAGAAGAUGAAUUGGAAUCAGUGAAGCGACAAUUGCUGACGUCAUUUCCGCCUCUGGCUCACCAUCCGGAUAAGACUAAUUCCCUGGUUAAUCUAUGGAAAUCCGUGGUGAACAGGGUCUACCACCAUUACAAAGUAGCAGCCGUCAGCUACUUCAAGUACCUCAAACUCAAUGGCACGAACAGUCAAAAGUUGAACAGCGAGCACAACACGAUGGCUACGUUGAGGCUGUUGAGACUGCUGGUCAAACAUUCGUGGGAACUUAGGGAUGUGUUGGAGGAGCGGCUGGCCCUCAGUGUCACUGGGCCCUGGAAAGGAAUCAUCCCCCAACUGUUUUCCCGCCUGAAUCACCCGGAGCCCUACGUACGUCAGAGCGUGACGGACUUACUGUGCAGGAUAGCCCUGGAGUGCCCCCAUCAAAUCGUCUACCCCACCGUCGUGGGGUACACUUCUUUAACCGGAAGUGGCAGUGCAGGGGGUGGAGCCGCUAAAGUUGGAAGUAACAUCGGAUUUAAGAGUGCUGGAUUGCUGACUGCCUACAUCAACAAGCACAAACCUCGAAAAGAUGACGAAGACGACGAUGAUGAUGAUGACGUUGAUGAUGAUGAUGAUGAUGCUAGUUGCUUAAGAGCUGACAAUGACAGUGAUGAACUUGGAGAGGCCAGUAACUGUUUUUCGAUAAUUUUGGACACGCUAGUUAAAUCCAACGGCAGAAUGGUAAAUGAAGUUAGCCUACUGGUAAAUGAACUUCGUCGUAUAACAAUUCUCUGGGAUGAACUCUGGCUCGGCGCACUGACCCAGAUUCGCAGUGACCUCAGUAAGCGGGUCAAACACCUGGACUUUGAAAUUAAGAAAUUAUUAUGUAGCGCUUCAUUGACCUCCGAGGAAAGAGAGAUGGCCGUCGUGAAGAAAUAUGAAACCGUUCUCAAGCCGAUCGUCUACCAGUUGGAGAAACUGGUGGAGAUCACGAGACAGCCUGCCGAGUCGAACCACGAAAAGUGGUUCCAGGAGAAUCUGGGGCACCAGAUAAAGUCGGCGCUUAAUGCCAUCAAGAGGCCAUCGAACGCUAAGAACCCCGAAGUGGCUUGGACCAUUUUCAAGCAGUACUACAGCAUCAUCGUCAUCACCAGUAAAAUUUUCAUCAUAAUCACCAUAAGCUCCACCAAGCGAUACACCAAAAGGUAUCCGUACUUGUUCAAAGGGUUGGAGGAUUUGCACCUGGAUGAGAGGAUCAUGCAGUUUUUAUCGAUCGUUAAUAACAUCCACAAGGGGGUGGUCUAUAGGGCUCGCCACUACUCCGUCACCCCACUAGGGACCCGUUCAGGGCUGAUCCAGUGGGUCGAGGGGGCCACACCGAUGUUCUCAAUCUACAAAAAGUGGCUACAUAGGGAAGCGACCGCCGCCCAGCUUAAAAAUACGAUGGCCAACCAGCCAACGACCAAUCAGACGAUGGCCAACCAGUCAACAACCAAUCAGGCUGUCGGUGUUGUCAUACCAAGACCGGCUGAACUCUUCUACAAUAAGUUGACUCCUCUCUUGAAAGAGAAAGGCAUCAGUAUGGAACAGCGUAGUGAAUGGCCGUCAUCAAUUUUGAAGAGGGUGUUGACAGAAUUAAUUAAAGAGACGCCCAAAGAUUUGCUAUCCAAAGAAUUGUGGUGUAGUAGUAACUCGCCAGCUGAUUGGUGGCAGAUCAACCAAUCGUACGCGAGGUCAACAGCUGUGAUGUCUAUGAUUGGCUACAUCAUUGGCCUAGGUGACAGGCAUCUGGAUAAUCUACUCAUUGAUUUGAACACCGGAGAAAUUGUGCACAUCGACUACAACGUGUGUUUCGAGAAGGGUAGGUCGCUGAAGGUCCCUGAGAAUGUACCUUUCAGGAUGACGCAAAACAUUCAACAUGCGCUCGGCCUCACUGGCAUUGAGGGCACAUUUAGAAUGAGUUGUGAGCUGGUCAUUCGAACGAUGCGAAAAAAUCGCGAAACGUUACUAACUCUACUAGAAGCCUUCGUCUACGAUCCGCUAGUUGAUUGGACGGUGGCCAGCCAAUGGGGUUUCGCCGCAGCAUUCUAUGGCGGGAAUCAUCAUUUGGCGACCAAUAAAGAUGGACAGAAGAAGUUAGAGGAGGAGAUAACUUUUGAUACGUUCUGUCUGCAGAUGAUGGAGAUCAAAAGUGAUUGGCUGAAGAAUAGGGAUAAUCUGAGCGAUGGCAUUGAGAACUUGAAACAGUGUAUAAUAAAAGUGAGGGACCUAACCUACCUUCUUAAUGAAGACAAAAUAUUCUUGAAAGAGCUGGAAAGCCUCUCAGAUUACUUGAAGGCUGGUUUGGAGCAGGGGAAAGGCAGCUGCAGAGAUGCAGAUGACGGUGAUGAUAAAGAUGAUGAUGAAGGCAAAGGGGGGAAUCAUUGCAAAGAUUCGCCCCUUCGUACUAUUCAAAAAAGAUACAUGUGUCAGCUACAAUUGGAAUCAUGUAAAAAUAUGCUGGUCGGGAAGAUCAACAGUUUCAAAGAAAACAUCGUCAAAAUUAUGGCCAUUUUUAAGAAUACGUCAAACGCCCUGAGAAAUUUGACCUCUUUAAAUUUGGGUCAAAACUUUUUGCGGGCUGCUGACCUCCUUAACGUCAAGGAGGUGUCCAAAUCUGUCCUGGAGUUUCUACAAAAUGCCGGGCAAGGGAGUUUAAUUGUCCAGUGUGAAUCAUAUCACUCGGAACUUCGCAACAGCCUGGUGGGACAUCAGGCCUGUCUGAGAGAGACACUCAAUCUACUUGAUAAGUAUCAUGUUUUUUAUAGCCAGCUACCGGCUUGUUUGCUGAAUGUUCAAGCUCUGGAGUCGUAUAAACGUGGUUUAGAACUGCUUUCGAAACAGGGCCUAACUAGAGACAGCAUCAACCAAGUUAGAGACAUGGAGCGCCGGGUCGUGACGUCAUCUGAGAGAGUUACCAAAGACAUUGAAUCUGCUAUUGAGAGGGCCCAUGUCGAUUAUGUUAGAGCUAAGGAAAGAUAUGAUAGCGAACGCCAGGUGGCAGACCAAGUAAGCCUUAAGAACCAGCAAAGAAAUGUCCAACUGCUGUUGGAUGCAAUCAUUGCAGAUAACGACAGUAAUAAUAGUGAUCGGGCGGCAACAUUCGCCUCGCUGCUGCUGAGCUCCUACCGAUCAAUGCUUAGUACAUCGCGGGCCGAGAUGAAAUUUAUGGGUGAAACAGUCGGCAAAAAUAACGACGACGAUGAUGGUGAUAAGAAGAGUUAUGAUAAUGAUGGCGGCCAUGGUGAUGGUGAUGGUGGUGAUUAUGAUGAUGAUGUGGCUACAAAUGAUUACUUCAUCAACGAGUGCAUCCAUCCGAGUGCCAUCAUCAAACUGUCAGCUGCCCUCAAUAAGAGCGACGAACGUUUCAAGGAACUUUCAGAAGUUUCAGAUCUGCACGUCAGAGUUAUGAAGACACUCAUCGCAUUGCCCCAGAAGACCAUUCAGCCCAUUGUGACGUCCAUCCAAUCAGCGUCCAGGUACGAAGUCACGUGUCUCGAUCACGUGAUCGUCACCAUGGAAUCCAUGGUGACCAGGGAUGUGCUGGGUUUUACCGAAAAAAGUUAUGAUGAUGAUGAUGGAGGUGCUGGUGAUGUUGACGUUUUACAAAAAGUCCUUGCGGAAAUGGAUGAUCAUGUGAUCACUUCCGGCAGCGCUGAUGGUAGUAAUGAUGGUGGAAAGAUGAAACGGCUUCAGCAGGAAGAGGGGCAGAUCAGCCUGAAAAGUUUUGCUUGCUCUAAUGCCUGUCAUACAUUUGAGAGAUCGAGGUCAUUCAACAGCGAAACAAUGGAGUGCUGGAUGUUCAUUGAGCUGUUUCAAUGUUUCUUACACGUCUUGAAAUCCCUGAAGAAAUCGAGGAAAGAUAAUGCUCCUGGUAAGGAUAGUAGAAAAGCGGAUGAUGGUCAUGAUGAUGAUGGUGGUGAGGCUCAUGGUGAUGAUGAUAAUGAUGAUACUUUGGUCUCCAUUGAUGAGGUGAUUAAGAAACCAGCAUCAUCUUUCAUCCGGAAGUUCAUUAAACUCCACCUCCUGGGCAGGUCGACACAACUUCAGGCCCAGACAAUGGACCGCCUCCUCUCCUACCUAGCUAGCGAUAAGAUCGCCGGACUCAACGAGGCUGUUUGCAACAUCACUCCCGAUUGGCUGAAUUCAAAUUUGAUUGACGUCUAUCUGUCCAAUGGGGUCUUCACGCUUGAACGGUUAAGAUCGAUAGAAUGUGAUCUGAAUGCGUUUGUUCAGCGCUACAAAAGCUUAGAAAGAUCGAGGCAAAACUACAACCACGUGGAGUCGCUGCGAGCCAUACAGCAACAAAAACAACAACAUCUUCUAUCGCUUGUGUGGCUCAAUAAUAACGCAACAACAACAGCAGCAGCAGUGACUACAACUACUACAAAACUGAAACAGAAUCUAAUUCAAGAUCUGGCUAGUUUUAUCACUGCUAAUGACAUCUCGUCUUCAUUAUCGUCAUCAUUACCAUCGUCGUCUUCUUCAUCACCGCAAAUCUACACUCGAAAAUUUCUGGCAGAAGAACUUAGAAAGGCUCUUCUGACAUUGGCCAAUCACAUGUCUGAAAAAUUAAGCCCCGCCCACUCAGGCUAUCAGCAUGUCAGUCGAGCCAUAGUUCAGAGGUUAAAGUGGUCGGCUGGCGUCAAUCAAAAUUUUGCAACGCUGCAACAACAAUUUCAACUUAAUGUCCUCAGUAAUGAUCUUCUUGUUCAGCCAAUCAUAUCAAGCAAUCCAUUUGCCAUCAACCAAUCGAAUCACGCCAUUCAUCAAUCAAACCGCGCCAUCAGUCCAUUUAUAAAAGUUACAAAGGCGACCGAAAAUCUCAUUCGAUUGGGUAGAAGUGUUUAUCAAAUGGAGAUAAUGAAGAUGACGAGGAGGAGAAAUAAGAGAGAGAUAUUGAUGGAGAAAGAAAGAUUGAAUUUUCUUGAUGAAGUUGCUGACUUCAUUUAUCAAUGCGAGAGAUGUUGCAGCUUGUUGGAGAACAACGACGCCAACAGACUGUCACCUGUCGAGAUGAUGCUGAUGAAUGAUGAAGAUCUCACACAUCCUGUCGGGAUAACGGAUACCUGGAUAGCCAGCUCCCUCGACGCUACGAACCACAAAUCAGUGAUGGCUGACGAACGAAUGAAUUCCCGUAGGAGAGAUCUUAAAGAAGCCGGGACGAAAACGUACAAGCAGCUGAACGAGUUGAAGGGUGUCGUGUUGACGCAUUACAACAUGCUCAGUGAAAUGAAACAUCUAUUGAGAUCCAUGGCGAUUCAACAGUCCGGCAACAAAAUAUUCAACUACCUGCAACAACACAAAAACUUCUCAGACUUGUUCAACGUUACCAUGGAGAGGGUUAAUGAAGUUAGCAACGACGAUGACGUCACGGAUUUGACCUCGUUUUCUGACGUAAUUCGGUCACUCAAUGAGGUCAAGCUGUUUAUUCCAAGAAUAUUCGACGACCUACUGUCGAUCGCAAGACCUUCCACACCAAUCGACGACGGGGCUUCCAAAAUUAACCACGCCCACAACAAGAAAAGCAAGAAAAAUAAUGAUAACAAUAAAAAUUGUAGUAAUAAUAACAAAAAUAAUAAUAUCAAGACUCUUGCCGUUGCUGCUGCUACUACAACUGCUAGUAACACUACAAGCAGCAGUAAUGUGGUCGCCAAGAAAUCUAAGCAACAACAACAUCAACAACAACCGCAACGACCAGACAUCAAGCCUGAGAAGAUCAUCAGAGAUCCCAAAACAGGCAAAGCAAUGCAAGAGAAGAACUGCUUCGGGGUUGCCGUCUGGAGGAGGGUGAAGGACAAACUGGACGGCAGAGAUGUGGACGGGAAGGGGAGAAUUAGCGUGGCCGAACAGGUGGAUGCAGUCUUGAAGGAAGCCACCGAUAUCGACAACCUAGCCCUACUUUACGAAGGGUGGACGCCCUGGGUUUGAAAAAAUCGACCGACCUUACCGAACCGAUUGAUCUCUCGGACCGAAAUUGAAUAAUUUUCGGUUCAUUUACUUACUAAGAUCGAUUAUAUUCGUUUUUUUGUAAAAUCGACUAACCGAUGGGAUAGUAUUUGAUUGGAUGAUCGACUGAUUAACUGAAAGAAUGAAUGAAUAAACGAACGAAUGACUGAAUGAACAAAUG